AUGUCUAAUGCAUCCAACAACACUGUCCUUCAGAAUUCUACAUCAGAGCCCCGGAUGUGGGAGUCUGCCAUCCCCCCUGCAUUACAGUUCGCGUUCGGAGUAAUUGGAAACAUCAUCGCUCUCGUGGUGUUAGUGAUGGCUUCCAAAAAACACAAAUGGCGACCAUUCUACCGACUUGUCGGGGGUCUCGCUAUAACGGACGGUGGCGGAAUACUGCUGGUAUAUCCUACAGUUAUGGUGCGUUAUGCCACGGACUUUGAUUACGUAUUUCCUAAGGCGCUAUGUAACUACAGUUCUUUUGUUUAUACGUUCACCCUUAUCUCCUCAGCAAUGAUCAUCUGUGCCAUGUCUUUGGACAGAUUUGUUGCCAUAUUGUAUCCGUUUAUCUACAACUCCGGUAGAAAUGGUCGGCGGGCCAGUAUAAUCCUGGGUCUAAUAUGGAUUACAGGAGGGCUUGUUUCGAGUCUUCAAUUGAUGGGGCUGGGAUCAAGUUUUAACUAUUACCCCAAAUCGUGGUGUUUUAUCAACUUCGUAGAGAUGGAUACGUUGGAUCGAAUUAACUCUUACAUUUACUCUAUCUUUGGUCUGUUAAUUCUGCUGGUCACUUUCGGCGUCAACGCCACGGUAAUCAUCACUGUGAUCAGAAACAUGAAGUCAGACAUCAGGAGCUCUAAACGGCGACAGAAAAAUGACAUCUUCAUCAUUUCCUUUCUGCUUGUCAUUGUCAUCGUAUUCAGUAGCUGCUGGGCUCCAUUGAUGGGUACGAUUUUUGUUCACGCAUGUCGCAUCAUGAACACAAACGGCUCCCUCGAACUCCUUGUUCUCAGACUGGCGGUGACAAACUCUAUAGUGGAUCCUUGGAUCUAUAUUCUACUGCGGAAGGAAACACUUCUAGGUCUCCUCAAGAUCAAAAUGGCGAUUAGCAGUGGAUGUGUAGAAAAGGGGGAUUCCACACGGAACAACAGAAAUACUGGAGAACAUAAUCAAUCUAAAUAUGUGAAGAAGCCCUCCUUGUCUCCCUACACGGUGGCAGAACCCUCUCACUUUAAUUGCCAAGUGUAUGACGGAGAAGACGCGCCUGAGCCCGAAAUGGUUUGUUGUGAGGCCGGGACCGACAAUCCUGUUUACAAUGGGGAUGAAAAUUAA